AUGCCCAAGCCUAGACAGGAGCAAUCUAGAUGCCAGAACCGGGUUCGAACCAUGAACCUUUCGGUCGAGAUUGCCGCCUCUUUGCAUAGUGCUGGGAAUUUUGCCUGUAGCACGACCAGACCAGGCGCACUCAAGCACUGGAUAUCAGACCGAACGGUGGCACUACUUAAAUCUCGAAGAAAUAUCCCAGCCGGUCCCGAACAUAAUCCGUUGAUCCGUUGCGACCGGUCCCCGGAGAAGGUUUACGACUGCAUAUGUUCUCUCAAGCGCCACCGAGCUCCCGGUCCGGAUGACCUUCCACCCGCACUGUUCAAAGACGGGGGUGAAGUCCUCAGUCAGUUCCGAUCCGAUCUGUUUGCUUGCAUUUGGGAAAAGGAGUCUGUCCCAGACAAAUGGUGUCUAGUUGUCAUGGCACCUGAAGGAAGCACGAGGGCUAGGAUACUGCCAGGUUGCCCAAGCUUAGACAGGGGAAAUCGAGAGGCAAAGGUCGGGUUCGAACCACGGACCAUCCGCUCUCAAGGUACUACGGCAGACGAAGUAAACGCCCGCAUCUCACAGGCAAGAAUUGAUUUAGCCAUUUUGCACCGUAUGUUGCACCAAAAAGGCAUAUCAGUGGGUUUCGAAGGGCGCGUAUGCCAGACUAAAGUACGGACUUUAUUGUUGUACGGUUGCAAGGCUUGGCUAAUUCAGAUGGCGGAUCUGAGAGAUCUUCAGACCACUGAUGAAACUACCCAUAAGGUUGCUGAAAACUCUUCGACAGCCCACGACCGGUUUCGCCCUUCUUGGGGCUCAUCAGCUGUAGCACACUUUCGAUGCCUAGCUGCCAUGCCACCCAAAGGAAGAACGAGGGCCGGGAUACAGUCAGGUUGCCCAAGCCUAGACAGUGGAAGUCGAGAGGCAGAGGUCGGGUUCGAACCACGGACCCUCCGAAAAAAUCCACCUCGUGUACUGGACAAAAAUAAUAAUAAUCGUUCAGCAGUAACACCAUUUCGGUGCAUAGUUGCCAUGCCAACGGAAGGACACCUGAGGACUGCAAAACCGCCAAGUUGCCCAAGCCUAGACGGGAGCAGUCGGGAUGCUGAGUUGUCUCACCCCGAGAGGCCAACAAAGUGCUUGCUUCUGAGAGAGAAUUCGCCAUACAUCCACAGAAAUCAUGACUACUUGGACUAUUCCCCGUAUGUGACCUUUGUGGUGCUACUCCCCUCCCAAGAUGUGAACCGCGUGAUCCUCAGUGCGCCUCGUUGGAGACGCUGGAAGAUAUGGCUGCCAAUCGAUGUCAGUGGCGAUCUUGUUGUCAGUUUCUAUCCAGAUUGCCUGAAUGAGUGUCUGGAGGUGUAG